AUGGAUCUUAAGCUGUCCUCCAAACUAAACGAAUACGGAAAUUCUUUUAAACGAACAUGCCGAUUAUGUGGUCGCAUAGGAAGAAGGUUUACAGAUAUAUUUGCGGAGUUACCUACUGGAAAGAACACCACGUCGGAAUUGUCUGAAUUGAUUCACAGUUGUGUGAAGCUUCAAGUGAAAGAAAACGAUGGCUUCCCUAAAAAGCUCUGCGGAGACUGCAUGAAAAAAUUAUUUUCUUGGCAACAAUUUUAUAUAAAAUGCUGUGACACACAAAGAAAAUUAGAAAAGAAUUUCACUGACAGAAUCAAGAGACUGAGUGAAAAUAAUGCAGAGAAUUCAGAUAAUAAGGAAAAUUUGUGUACUGAGUUAGAAUUUCAUUCUGAGAGAAUUAACUCCUCAAAUGAAUCAAAGGAACCAAAGAAGAAUACUUGUGGACCUAAGAAACAAAGUUCAAACAAAAAAUAUUCAGCUGGGUCAAGAAAAGCUAAACGGCAAAAAUGCAAGACUAAGUAUCAUAAAAUAUCAUCUAGUUGCAGGGUUGUUGGUGCAGCUAUUUCAGAUUCUGGCCACACAAAAAGUGCCACUGAAUGUGUUGGUGCAAGUGGUGUAGUACAGAUUAGGACAGAUGAUAAGCAAAAUAUUAUAGAAUCAGCUGAAGAUAAGGGUUGCACUGAGGAUUUAAGAAGUACUCCUCUGAAAGAGGAUGGUUAUGAAAAAGAAAGUGAGAAAAAUGUGGGCAAUACUGAAGCCAUGGAAGUAUCAUUCUCAGGAGUGCCAGGAGAUCCUGUUGAUUCAUUAAACAGGGAAAAAGAUGAUGUCUCCUCAGAGGAACUAGAAAUUCGCUCAGCUGAUCAAUGCAGUGCACAGGGCCAGAGUGAUCCAAGCAGAUUUGCUAGUGAUGAAGAAGAAAUCAAGACACAAAUCUCUGAUAAAAGUAAUUCUGAAAAUAACAGUAAUGAUCCAUUAUCAAAAAAAUCAAAAGUAAAUGAGAAGAGUAUCUACCAUUGUCAUAUAUGUGAGAGAAACAUUUUGCACAAGUAUAGAUAUGAUUUGCAUAUGGCCAUGCAUGAUCAUAAACGUGAAUAUAAAUGUGAUAAAUGUUCCAAAAAAUUGAGAAGCAAGUGCUCCUUAAGGUACCACAUGAUGACACAUUCAGAGAACCAUAAUUACUGCUGCCAUGUUUGUGGGCAGCUGUUUCGCAGUGCUUCAUCAUUGUGUAAUCAUGUUCGGUUGCACAGUGAAGCCAAACACCAUGUUUGCUCAUUGUGUGGAAAAGCAUUUCAUCAGAGCUAUUCAUUGCAAGUCCACAUGAGAUCACACACAGGAGAGAAGCCAUAUUCUUGUUCAGAAUGUGAUCACCGCUUUGCUUAUCGCUCCAAACUGAAUUUACACAUUAAGACUGUGCAUCAUCAGAUCAGGAAGAAGAGAUGCAAUGCCUGUGGUAAAGAAUUGCAAAAUGAUGCUGAUUUUCAAGAUCACAUGCUUGCUCAUCACGGCAUAAGAAAUAUGAAAUGUGAUAUCUGUGGCAAAUGUUUCUUCUCCAAAAACAGCUUGUUUCGACACCGUAGAUCACAUACUGGUGAGAAGCCAUUUGAGUGUGGAAUUUGUGGGAAACGAUUUGCUGAUUGGAGUAAUCGAAAACGACACAUGGAUCGACAUCAAAAACCAGGGUUGGUACCCAGUUCAGAAUUGCAGGGAACGAAAAGACCCAGUACCAGGAAAACUGAUUUAGUAAUAAGCAGUGAAGAAGGGAAAGGUAAAACAUAUACAAGCUUAAGGUCAUUUUUAGAAUCUUCAGAAGUAGCGGAGGCUUUAUCUGAUGGUAAAACUGAUGAGCGUAGCAAUUCAGAAGAUGUAGAGUAUUUCACUUUUUUAACAUCAGACAGUAUUGGAAAUGAAAUUCAAGAAACCUUUUUUGUGUCUGAGACCAGAGAGCUGGCUGACUGUGAAAUGGUUCUAAAUGAUACUGUCACUCUUCAUGCAGCCGAAAGUCUGAAUGAUGGUAUUGUCCUUCAGCAAGGGACUUCAAACAAUGAGGUUCCAAGUUUUCAGGAAGUAGAUGAUGAUUCCAAUGACCUUGAUGCAUUUCUGGUUUCUAAGAAUGAUGUUUUAAAUGAUGACAUUUUACAAGAAAAUACAGCAAGUUUAGUGGAUGAAAAUAAUAUUCUGCAAGAAGCCAUUGAGGAAUCAGAUAAUCUUCUUGAAGCUUUCCUGGCCAGUGAAAAUAAUGAGCAGCCAAACGACAUUGACAUGAACAUCAUGGGAGACAACUCAGAUGAAUUUGCUGCAGACCCAGAGGAAAAUAUGAAUAUAAUUGAAAUUUCCCUUGCACCCAGUGCAGCUGAUUCUGAUCUUAGUGAUACAUUUGGUUCUAAUUUAGCAACCAAAUCUGACCACUUGCUUUUUCCUCAUGUCAGUGAUGCUGAAAAAGAUUCAGUUAUUCAAAUGCUCAAUAAUUUAGGAACCAUUGUUAUGUAA